UUUGUGUGGACAUCAGGCUAUUGCCAAAUAUCUACGUUCAAAAGUAUGUAAGCUGUUCUGUCGACGAUGAAGCUCUCAUAUUUGAUACUUAUUUUCACUACAUCUAACAUAAUUUCAAGUGAUGGGUCUCUACACAAGAAAUGUUGCAAGAGCGAUGAACAGAUCGUCGAAAAAAAUGCAGACUUCACCUGUGAAACAGUAAAAAAUUCGAGACUUCAAGACAAUUUUGAAGUUAAAGAUUUCCUGGCGAGAAAUGUUACAGGAACUUGUGUAGAAAUCUCCGGGAAAAAAGUGACGACGUUCCAAGUUAAGAAUGACACGAAAUCUAUUGAGAAAUUGGAGGAUCUUGGAGAGAUUUUCUUUUCCAAAUGUUGCCCUUUGGAUUACCGAUACAACACCACCAUUCACGCUUGUAAAAAAGAACCCGGAAACUCACUCGGCUUCUUAAAGAUGGAUUCUUUCGUUCGCGUAGGACUUCCGGAAUGCGAAAUCAUAUCGGACAAGAUCCUUGAGUCGCAGGGUGUGAAAAUGAACGGAAAAGAUUUGAUUUUGUUGAAGGAGAUGAGGAUACUCGAGGAAAAGUAUUGCGUGGAUUCUACAUUGGAUGGAAAACUAAUUGUGAGGAUCUGCGAAAGUGAUUACAGAAUUUGUAGUCAGAUUAUGUGCAUCCACAAGUGUUGUCCUGAUGGUCAAAGCUUCAUAAAUCGCACUACUUGUCACGAUACUUUUACUAAUGGAAUUCACCUUGGCUCAACUGUUGGAGUACUCGCUCCUGAUGAUCCCUUUGUUCUCAUUCACGGCUUCACGAAACCAAUAAAACCAAUGUCUCCAAAAAAAUACGAAUUCGGCGUGGACAGAUUUGGAUUAUUCACAGUCUACAUCAAUAAAACCAAUUCAUUUCAGCAUCAUGAAGUUGCUGAUGGCAGAUACUGUAUCGAGCACGCUUUUCGUGAGUCGAAUAUCAAAGUAUUGGUGGACAAUUACAUCUUGUUUGCCAGAGGAGGAAAGGUACCUCCGAUCCAGAUGAAUAUUCUGAUAACAAGAUGGCUGAAAAUCGUGUCUUGUAUAUUCCUGAUUCUGACGAUAUUGGUCUAUCUGCUGCUGCCGAAAAUGAGGAAUUUAUUCGGGAAGAUCUUGUUGUGUUACUGCGUGGCUACGCUAGUAUUUUUUUCUAGUUUAACUCUUUCCCAGUUCUAUUCGAAUGAUUUCAGUGAUGCUACGUGCAUAACUAUGGGUUUUAUUUCGCUGCUUUCAACUAUAUGGAGUUUCACUUGGUUGCAAAUAAUGUGCUUCGAUAUUUGGUUUUCAUUCGGAACACCAAGAACUUUGUCAGGGCCUCUCCAACAGAAAGAAUGGAAAAGAUUACUCCAAUACAGUGUGUAUGGAUGGGGAUUUCCAAUAGUCUGGGUUGGGAUGAUAGCAUUGUUUAGUUUCACAACCAUGAUGCCUGAAGCAAUGCGACCAAUCAUUGGAAUCAGGAGGUGUCUUUUGGAAAACUCCGAUGCGCGUCCGGGAAACUAUUCUUUCCUCAUUUAUGUUACUCUGCCUCUACUUGUUCAACAAAUCAUCAACACCAUCAUGUUUGUAAAGACCAUUCUUUAUUGCCUGAGAAUAAAGGCUGAAAUUGAAAGUAUGAACGACUCAGACAGAAGAACAGAUUUGAACGCCAGCAGAGAGAGACUGGAAUUGAUCAUGAAACUGGCCGUUAUUAUGGGUGUUUUCUUCAUUUUCGAAACAGUAUCAUCCAUGCACAAUUUUCAAAAGAACUCUUUUACCGCGUUUAUAGAGAAUAUCUGGGAUAGUAUCAACUGUUUGCAAGGUCUUUAUAUUUUCAUAAUAUUCAUUUGUAAAAGAAAAGUAUACUACAGCAUCUGUGAAAGAAUUCCAUGUAUCACGAACAGUGAAUCCUCAACGUUAUCAACAGAGACACAACUUAGCAUGAAUUAAAGUUGUUAAUUGAAUGCAAAAACACAACAAACUCAUUUAACACUUCUCAAAA